CCGUAGGGCCCACCGACGAAGUCCAUCAGUUUGGCGCGGGAUUGUUUCUUGUUUGGUGUAAAGUAAAAAUGUGUGAACCUGGCCCAUCGAAACGAAAGAGGACGGAUAGUCCAGUGGCCGAGGCAGAACCUUCCGAUGAAUGCUACAUUCACUUGCUCCCAGAAGAGAUCCUGUGCCACAUCUUCAACUUGCUGCCCUUCAAACAGCAGAAGCAGUGCGCCGAGGUAUGUCAGCGGUGGUAUGGUAUCUUUCGGACUAAGCCAUACCUGCGACGAAUGAAGAUGAUCUUGAGCCACUGCUUUGGGUUGCCGAUCAAUCAAUUCGAUCGUAAACGGAUGAGUACGUGCUUGAACUGUUUGAUGUUCGAUUGCGGUGCGAUACAAGAAUUCUUCACACACGAAUUUCGACGCUUUCGCGAAGUGCUUUACGAUAAUCCGAGCGAUGUGGACUGCCCGAUUGUCACUGCUGCGAACACCUCGGUCGAGGACUUCCUGUUCUCGGGCGACCUUCAGGUGAAAUCGAUCAGCUUUACGACUACGUUCGAUCGGGCCCGUGAGCACAUCGGCGAGCGGUUGGUGAUGUUGAAGAAUCUUAACGAACUCAUAUUCGAACUUCGGCCACCAGGCUACGAUUGGGACGUGCAGGACAGCGACCCGGAGUGGGUCAUCAGGCACCCGAGCGUCACCGCGCUCACCCUGCAAACGUACAUCACGAACGGACCGUACCGACUCGAAAUGCCGAGUUUGAAGUACUUUAUCCACGAAAUCACCAACGACUGGGAUCUAAACGCCAUGAGGGCCGUCAGCACGCAGCUUGAACGGCUUGAUGUGACGUUUUAUUUUCCGCGUACGAUCGAGCAAACAUUCACGUACCCAUUUCCGCUGUUGCGCCAGCUGACUAUGAAACUGUGCGGCGACAACAACACGUGUGAACCAAAUACAGACGUCGAUGAUAUGUCGGCCGAACGGUUCAUCAAGAGUAUGCCCCUGCUGGAGGAGGUAGAACUUCAGUACACGAUUAUCACGAUGAAAGCGUUCCGGGCCGUGUGUCUUUUCAGCCCAGCAUCACUGACCAGAUUAACCUUGCUAGAUGUGAAGUUUUCCCGAUCGCUUUUUCUGCACGUGUUGGAGCUGACGAAUCUA